UUGAUAUAUAAACUCAUUCAAAAUUUUGUUAUUUUUCAGAAAAGCUACCAAGUGUUAGACAUACCAAUCAACUCCAGCCAGGAUGUAGUGAAGAAAGCAUUCUUAGAAUUGGCCAAAAAAUACCAUCCCGACUCCAAUUCGCCAGAGGCAGAUAUCAAUAAGUUUGUUGAAGUAGAAAAUGCCUUUCGGACACUUUCCAAACAUAACACAGGCAAUACAAAUUCAGAGGAAGUUGAAAAAAUUGUGUAUGAUAUUCGGCAUACAGCACCACAACAUCGUCAGUAUUUAAGCUAUGAAGGUGUGGGAUUUGGAACUCCCUCACAACGACAAAAACAAUACACCCAAGCUAGGGCACAAAGAGCAGCUAAUAAUGUUAUGGAACACCGAGUCGCUAAGGCUGCAGCAUCAGAUAAUACACUCAUGAAGAAGGAACCGCUGAAGAAACAUGAUAUUAAAACAAAAUAUGGCUUUGACAGGCUCGUAGAGGAUCUCAUUCAAGAAUCCAUGUCCAAAGGAGAGUUUGAGAAUCUAAGCGGCAAAGGAAAGCCUUUGAAGGAUCAAAAUAACAAUCCCUAUGUUGAUUUUACUACUCAUAAGUUGAAUGAGGUGUUAAUAAACAAUGGCUUCACACCAGAGUGGAUCACCAUGAGUAAAGAAAUAGAUGAAGAUAUUGAACUGCUAAAGAAAGAAAUAACUAAGGAUAGAAUGUAUCUAGGACCAUAUCCCUUAACUAAUGAUGACCACACCAAGUGGGAGAGGAUAUGUGAAUGUAACCGACUCCUGUCACAGUCUAUUAAUGUUAAAAUAAAUACAUUCAACUUAAUUGUACCGCUGUUGAAUAAACAGAAAUUCCAUGUAGACUUUGACAAGAUAUCCGAUGACAUACUUAAGAAUGGACCACAUUCUAAAGUCAAAGAGCUGGUCAAAGAUGUACAAACUUCAUCAAAUACGGUUCAGGAUCAUGAAGAUUUUAUAAGCUUGUUAUUCAAAGCUCUGGGUGAAGUGUUCUCCUUCAGAAAACAAAAGAAAAACGUUAGCGAUUGA